AUGAAGAUGGGUGCAGACCCAAGUACCCAGGAUGUGAUGGUGGAGGCAGCCCUCAAAGCAAAGCAUGCAGCAGAGCGCAAGUUCCAUGCACGUAACAUCAAGGGUGCCUGGAGGUCAGCGCUCAAGGCUCAUAGCUUGUGCCCAUCACUUGAGGGCAUAUCUCAGAUGAUCUCAACACUUGAUGUUCACCUUGCAUCUGAGUCGAAGAUUGAUGGGGAGAGUGACUGGUACAGGAUACUGUCUCUCAGUGCCAUGGCUGAUGAAGAGGAGGUGAAGAAACAGUACAGAAAGCUAGCUCUCCAGUUGCACCCAGACAAGAACAAGUCGGUUGGUGCAGAGGUUGCCUUCAGACUUAUCUCGGAGGCAUGGAGUGUAUUGUCUGACAAGAGCAGGAAGAUGCUUUAUGAUCAGAAGAGGAGAGAUCAUUGUGCGGCGAAUGUGUCCAAUGGUUUGUAUGCUUGUGAUACAAAGGUCAGUAAGCGAGCACGAAAAAAUGCCGCUGCCGCUGCCGCUGCCGCUGCCUCUGCCUCAGCAGCUGUCGAGGCUACUACUCGUCCUGCAGGGGCUAACACGUUCUGGACAUCAUGCAACCGCUGCAGGAUGCAGUAUGAGUACUUGAAAAUUUAUCUGAACCACAACCUUCUGUGCCCAAACUGUCACCAUGCAUUCAUGGCUGUAGAAACUGGGUUUCCCUGCAAUGGAACCAGUUCUUCAUUCACCUGGACAACCAAGCCACAGCAGCAGCAGAACCAAAAUACUGUUGUUGACCAUUCAUAUCAAUCAGCAAGCAGAACAUCAAGCGUUCCAGGCACCGGACAUGGAGCAUACCAGCAAGAGAACACUUAUGAGUUGUACAAUAACCAAAGUUUCCAGUUCACUCAGUACCCCAAGACAACAGGCGCUGCUGCUACAAAUGGUUACAGUACACAGGCCUUAGAGAAAUCAAAGAGAAAACAUGAAGAGAACUACAUAUACAAUUAUUUUUCAAGUGGCAAUGACAAUGAGUAUCCAUCAGGGCGUGGACGGCAUUCAAAAAGGAGGCGGAGAUUCAGUAAUGGCUAUGCAUCUGUGGACUGCAAUGGGGAGACUCUAGCUGCAACUGCAGGUAUGACUGUGAUUGCCGAUGGAGGAAGAGUUAAUGGUACAUCAGGGGAAAAGUUUAGAUCUGCAGUAAGUGCAAGAAAAGCUAAUGUCUUGAGGGAGAUCUUCCAACUUGACACCCGUGGUAUUCUUCUUGAGAAAGCCAAAGCAGAAGUUCGUGAAAAAUUACAAGGCUGGAAUAUUUCGACAUCUAGCCAGUUUGCCGAGAAAGGGAAAUCAGAAAGAAGAGAGAAGCAUGUUGAAAACAAUAUAAAGGUUAAUGGCAUCUUCUCUGACAAUCCAAUCAAUAAAUGCAAGAAAUACAGUUCAAAAGAUGCAGAUAUCGAGAUCCCUGUGACUGAUGUAUUGAAUCCAGAACAGAUGCGUGUACCUAUGUCCAUUGAUGUCCCUGACCCAGAUUUCCAUGACUUUGAUAAAGAUCGAACAGAAAGAGCCUUUGGCAAAGAUCAGAUCUGGGCUACAUAUGAUAGUGAAGAUGGCAUGCCUCGCCUAUAUGCAAUGGUACAGAAAGUUAUUUCAAUGAAACCUUUCAGGAUACGAAUGAGCUUCCUCAAUUCUAAGUCCAACAAUGAACUGGCACCAAUAAACUGGAUCGCCUCAGGUUUUACGAAAACAUGUGGUGAUUUUAGGAUUGGAAGAUACCAGAUUACUGAAACAGUCAACAUCUUUUCCCACAGAGUUUGCUGGAGUAAAGGUCCUCGGGGAAUUAUCAGGAUUAUUCCCCAAAAAGGUGAUACAUGGGCUGUGUACCGGAACUGGUCUCCUGAUUGGAAUGAACUUACACCAGAUGAUGUGAUAUAUAAGUAUGAGAUAGUAGAAGUGAUCGAUGAUUUCACUGAAGAGCAAGGUCUGAGUGUUGUCCCGUUGCUGAAGGUAGCUGGUUUCAAAGCAGUUUUCCACAGGCUCACGGGGCCCGAUGUGGUCAGAAGAAUACCGAAGGAAGAGCUUUUCCGCUUCUCUCAUCGGGUUCCUUCUCGCCUGCUCACUGGUGAAGAAAGAAAUAAUGCUCCAAAAGGUUGCCAUGAGUUGGACCCUGCUGCAACUCCAGUUGACCUGCUUAAGAUUAUUACAGAUGUUAAGGAAGAUACCACACAGUGA